AUGGCUCCGAAACAAAAGGCCGCGGCGCCAAAAAAUGUGAAAAAAGUGGAAAAAUCGCCGUCGCCGGAUGAGGAAUCGGUGCGGCGAUCGCACCGGCAACGCAUCGAAUUCGGACGCGUCGACGAGGGGUAAUUUGCCACUUUUCUGACUGAAAAUCUACCUAAAAUAAUCGAUUGGAUCGUUUUUCGCUGUGUCUCUUCAUUCCACACAUUAUUUCUCUCGUUUUUCGUUCAGGCGCACAUCUGAAGUUCCCGAAAGUUAGGCGGUUCGUCUAGAGAGAAAUUAGUAAUUCAAGCGGCAGCCAGAGGAAAAUCCGCGACUUUUAUGAAUUUUCUGUUCAGAUUCGACCGUCACGAGCUGGAAAUGGCGCUGCGCGCGAGCAUGAACGAGGCGAACAAGUCGUCCGGAACGUCUUCUUCUCAAUUUUCGCCGCCUGCAUCACAAUCUUCCGCUUCCGCUUCCACGCCUUCCGCCUCCCCGAAAAAGGUGGCGGUGCCGAAGAAGAAGAAGAAGCCGGUGACCGCGGCUCCGGCGGCUCCCGAAGUCAAGGUGAUUUUAGUGGGAAAAAAAAGAAAGAAAGGGGAAAAAUGUCUUGCAGAAGCCCAUCCAAAAGACGAUUCCGACGAAGCGAGAGCGCGACGAAGAGAAGCGGCGAAUGGCGGAAGCGGCGGCCGCACUCAUCGCCAGCGCCUCUUCGGCGGUCGUCAAAAAAGUGGUGGCGCCCACGCAACAAACACCGAAAAAAGUGGAGAAGAAGGCGGUGGUGGGUGGAGCGCAGAAGAAAAAGGUGGCCACUUCCUCGUCCACGUUCUCCGGCGUCGCCAAGAAGAAGAAGAAGAAGGCGGCGGUGGUGGUGGAGAAUGCGGGCGAAGAAGAAGAAGAAUCGGAAGAGGGAGAAGGAGCGACGUCUUCGGAAGAUGUGAAAGAAGAAGCGGGCGAGGAGAAGACGGAGGAAGCGACAACUUCCGAGCAGGCCGCUGCUCCAUCUUCUUCCACUUCUUCGACUUUGGCGACCACCGCCGUCAAGACGGAGGUUAAGAAGGUCGUUAAGAAGGUGAGGAACAAACCGAUUUUGACUCUCGCAUGACACACUCAAUUUUGCAGAAGGCGAUCGCCAAGAAGCCGGCCGCAAAGCCAUCGGCCGCGGCGCCCAAGAAAAAGAAGGCGGCGGCGGCGAAAAUCUCUUCGAAACCGUCGAAACAGUACCUGGAAAACGAGAAGCAGAUGCGUCUGAUGGCGUGCGCCAAAUCGGGAGUCAUCUAA